AUGGCAGAAUUAGAAGGAACAUGGUCCUCAAAAUCUAAUACCGUAUUUACUGGUCCUGGGUUUUAUGACCCAGUAGAUGAAUUAUUAAUCGAACCUGAUUUACCAGGUAUUUCAUAUUCAUUCACUGCUGAUGGAAAUUAUGAAGAAGCAUUAUAUCGAGUAGUUGCUAAUCCUCAAAAUCAUUCUUGUCCGGUUGCUUCUAUUACUUAUCAACAUGGAACUUAUGAAUUAUUAAGUAAUGGAUCAUUAGUCUUAACACCAAUAGCAGUUGAUGGUAGACAAUUAUUAAGUGAUCCAUGUAAUUUUGAAGAUCCUUCACAAUCUCAAUAUACUAGAUAUGUUCAAGCUACAUGGUUUAAAACUUAUCAAGUUUAUAUUGAUCCAUAUCAUGGAAGAUAUACUUUACAAAUUUAUCAAUUUGAUGGAUCACCAAUGCAACCAUUAUAUUUGGCUUAUAAACCUCCGGUUAUGUUACCUACGUAUGCUUUAAAUCCAACUAAUCAACAAUCAGAAACUGAAUCUCAAUUAAGCAAUGCAAGAAAGAGAAUUAAAAGAUCUUUGGAGAAUCAAUAUAGAACAAAUGCAAGAAGAGAAGUAUAUAAUGAACUGUUUGAGAAGUAUUGGUGGCUUUCUGUCGGAUGUUUAGGUUUAGCUUCAGCUUAUAUGUUUUUGAAGUAA